AUGGACAUUAAGGAUGGCACCACAAAACUGACAUUUGAAUAUGAACUGUCUGGAACAACGGCAACAGCCUACUCAAUUUACGCGUUAACAUUAUAUGAGCAAGAUGUUGAGCUAAUUCAAAAGGAUGGUAAAAUAAUACUCAGAUCGAAAAUUGAAUAUGGUUAAAAUUAUGUAACAUAUAUUAUAUACAAGUAAUGACGAAAUAUUAUCCUUAUGGUGUGUCACUUAGUAAAGGACAACUGGAAAAGCUUUCGAGAGCUUAUAAUAAUAGUUCAGCAAUAACUAUCAGAUUAGCUAGAAAUGAGUUAUCCGGUCCACAUGAAUUAAUGUUUCACAAAAACUCAGAUCAGUAAACUGAAAAAAGCAAUGAGCCAGGGUACAGGGUCGGAUAUCAAGAUAUCAAAAACGCAAAUCAGAAAGGCUGUUAGACAGGGUGGUAGUUUGUGGGGAUCAUUAAUCAGUUUAGGAAGUAAGUUGCUACCUAUGGCCAUGCCAAUAGUCAAAAAGGCUGCCGCUCCACUUGUAUCAGGAGCGUUAUCAGGAUUAGCCAGUCUCGGUGUGGAUAAAAUAUUCGGAAAAGGUCAACGAGGAGGUUUUCUUAUUCCAAUGGACAAAAUAGCACAAUUGGUUGCAUACAAACAUUUACUGACCACGGGGCAGAAAAAGGAUAUUCUUAACGCUCUCCAAACUGGCAACGGAUUAGUUAUCAGACCGACGAAAACACAGCGGGGUGGGUUUUUAGGAACUCUAUUAGCGAGUAUAGGUGUCCCCCUGUUACUAAAUGCAUUGACGGGAAAAGGACUGCAGGCUGACAGAACCGGUUCCGCUAAUACAACAUCUGUUUAUGUUCCCGAUACAACUAAUGGCCACGGAAUGUAUAAUCCGUAUCCCUACAUGUCGCCACCUUUCUUUGGAACAUGGGUAAACCCGGUUGGUGCGGGAGUAAAAAAAAAAAGAAAGGGAAAGGGACUGCUGCUCGGCAAAAACAGUCUAUCAAUUCAAUCCCAAUUCUAGGAACAAUACUGUAAGAUUCAUAAACAAACCAUUAUCGAACAUUGAUUUGUUACAAUGGGUCAAACAAUAAGGAAUAAAAUAUUUUAGGGGUAUUUACAGCCGUGAUAAUUUACCAGACAAAAUACACAAAUUGGAAACAGGAAUAAUUAAUCUUGAUGAUUCAAUGGGCGGGGGCAGUCAAUGGAUUUGUUAUAGAAACGUGGAUAAACAAUAUUGUGAAUAUUUUGACCCGUUCGGAUUAAUCAUGUCCAAUGAAAUCAAAAAUUAUCUGAAAACAAGCGGUAAAAAAAUGGUGUACUCAUCAGACGAAAUAAAAGAAAGAGACAGUGUUUUAUGCGGUUAUUGGUGCUUAUAUUAUCUUCUAGAGAGACAAAAGGGUAGAUCAUUAUUAGACGUUAUACAUAACCCCAACUUCAGUUUUACAAAUCAAAUGAUAAAUCACCAAUUUCUGAUAAACUAUUUUAUGUAAUCCAUAUAUAUAAGAUGACUGAAAAGUUCUGUGUUUAUUGCCAAGAAGUUACUCGACAUUAUGUGAAUCAAUAUGGAUGUUUCGAGUGCUGCAACUGUGAACCCCUGAGUGAAAGUGAUUAUGAGUCAGAUAGCAGCCAAGAUACUUAUGUUCCAGACAGUAGUGAUAGUGAUUAG